AUGACGUUGAACUCCAGUAGGCGAUUUUGUGGCGUCGUCAAAUCAGCCUCACUCGUCCCAUUUCGGUCAAUCAGCUCAACCAGUAGCGUGCCGAAGAGAACCCCCUCGAUAUCGACACGGGGAUACGUUGGACUUGCAAUAGCCGGAAACACGGUAAUCGCCGCUUCGGUGUUUCACUGGAAGGUAGCGCAUGCUGAGGCUCCUCCGGUAGAAGGAAGCAAGACAUAUAUCCGCUCGAGUGAGGUCAAGCAACAUGGAAGGAACUCCGACAGAAAAUGGGUGACAAAGGGGAACAGAGUCUUCGACAUCACAGAAUGGAUUGCCGCUCAUCCAGGAGGACCAGUAAUUCUCCAAGCGGUCGGCGGCUGCAUCGAUCCAUACUGGGAUAUCUUCACUAUCCACAAAAAGCAGGAUGUGUAUGAUAUUCUUGAGGGCUAUUUCAUUGGCGAUAUCGAUCCGAGAGACCUGAUUGACGGAAAAGUGCCGGAUGACAAUAUCCAGGACCCGUUUGUGUUGGAUCCAAAGAGAGACCUUCGCUUACUGCAGCACACAUGCAAGCCUUGUAAUGCAGAAACUCCGCCUGCAUGCUUAGAUACUUUCAUCACACCAAAUGAAGUCUUUUAUGUCCGCAACCACUUGUGGGUGCCGCAAGCGGACGAGAAGACACACGUCUUGAAUGUCGAGCUGCCAGAUGGGACAGAAAAGGCAUACACCUUGUCAGACCUCAAGUCCAAAUUCAAGCCAUUCAGCAUAACCGCGACACUGCAGUGCACUGGGAAUCGUCGGAAGCAGAUGUCCGAGAAUGCUAAGCCUGCCAGUGGCCUCCCCUGGGAUGUGGGUGCCAUCUCAAAUGCAAAAUGGACUGGCGUUCGACUAAGGGACGUGCUGGAGGAUGCAGGCUACCCUGUCAACGACUCGGAAUCCGAUGAAGCCAAGCAUGUCCAUAUGGUUGGUGCCGAGGCGUACAGCGGGUCCAUACCCAUUGCAAAAGCAGUGGAUCCACGUGGUGAUGUGAUGCUGGCAUAUGAGAUGGGCGGUAAACCACUGCCCCGCGACCACGGCUAUCCGUUGAGAGCGCUCGUUCCAGGCCACACGGCCGCCAGAAGUGUCAAGUGGCUCGAAAAGAUCGUUCUUGCCGAAGAGGAGUGCCAAUCUCAGUGGCAGCAACGCGAUUAUAAGUGCUUCGGUCCGAAUCAGACACCAAAAGAUGUGGACUUCGCGUCUGCGCCAGCAAUCCAAGAAACUCCCGUUCAGAGCGCCAUUACUGCUGUGAGGUCCAUAUCCCGAACCAGUCAUCAUGGUCGCACUGAGCUGAGGAAGUACGGCUUAGAAGAAGAUGCCAUAAGACUAGAAGGGUAUGCCAUCAGUGGGGGCGGAAGAGAUAUCAUUCGAGUCGACAUCAGUGCAGAUGGCGGGAAAAGCUGGGCCCAAGCCAAGAUUCAUCCAGAUGUGACUCAAGGCCGCAAAAGUUGGUCGUGGAAGAGGUGGGAAUGGGUUGUACCCAAAAGUCAAGCUGGCAAGGCUUUCGUGGUUAAAGCUGUCGACGAGAGCUAUAACUCGCAGCCGGAGUCAUACGAGGCACAGUACAACUUCCGUGGCAACCUGACCAAUGCCUGGCACAAGAUAGAACUUCGUGACCCAAGAGACAUCUGA